GCUGCACAUUUACACUCUGUCAAAGCAUUAAUGUGAUGACCAAAGAAACAAGCCAAUCACCGUCCAGUAACAUGUCAUGUGAGGGUUCAGAGCUCCUCCCACUGCAGACGUUGACACCUGAUGUCUUUACAGGUGAGACUCAGAUUGAUCCUGGAAACAGCUCAGCGGUGACGAACACAAACCCUUUUGUGUUGGAUGUCCACAGCAGAAUGGAUCAGAGUGAGGACAGAGAGGAGGGAGUCCCUCCCUGGAGGACCACCCACAGACCCCCCACAGGACCUGGACCCGGACCCAGCUGUGUGUCCAUGAAGAGUGAUUACUCCAUGGAACCCCCACUACAUUUUAAAAGAGGACAUGUUUGUGAGCCUCAACCUGGACCUGGACCUGGACUCAGCUGUAUGUCCAUGAAGAGUUAUGACUCUAUGGAUCGAGGAAUAAACUUUAAAAGACGGCAUGUUCCACAGACUCAUCCCGAACCUGGACCUGGACCUAGCUGUGUGUCCAUGAAGAGUGAUGCCUCCAUGUAUCACCCGAUAGAGUUUAAAAGACGCCGUGUUCCACAGACUCAAGUGGAGCAGCAGAGCUCAGAGGUUCCCACUGGUCUACAGGAUCAGACUCAGCUGGACUCCAUAUUUAAGCUGCUGGAGGAGAACAUCUGCACUUUUGUCAAGAACGAACUGAAGAAGUUCCACCAGGUUCUGAGUACAGAUUACCCAGAAUGCUUAGAGAGUCUGAAGGAUGAGGAUGAAGAGCAGAGGAGGAGCUCAGAGGCUUUUCUGAAGAUCACACUGAACUUCCUGAGGAGGAUGAAGCAGGAGGAGCUGGCUGAGCGUCUGCAGAGGAGAAGUCGUUUUGGAGUUCAGCAUGAACUGAAACGUAACCUGCAGCAGAAGUUUGAGUGUGUGUUUGAGGGCAUCGCUAAAGCAGGAAACCCCAAAACCCUCCUGAACCAGAUCUACACAGAGCUCUACAUCACAGAGGGAGGGGCUACAGAGGUCAACCAGGACCAUGAGGUCAGACAGAUUGAAACAACAUCCAGGAACCCACACAGACCACCAACAACCAUCACAUGUGAAGACAUCUUUAAAACACCACCUGACAGAGAUCAACCAAUCAGAACAGUGCUGACAAAGGGCGUGGCCGGCAUCGGGAAAACAGUGUCCACACAGAAGUUCAGUCUGGACUGGGCUGAAGACAAAGCCAACCAGGACAUCCACUUCAUAUUUCCAUUCACCUUCAGAGAGCUGAAUGUGCUGAAACAGAAGAAGUUCAGCUUGGUGGAACUGGUUCAUCAUUUCUUCACUGAAACCAAAGAAGCAGGAAUCUGGAUCUUUGCAGACCUCCAGGUGGUGUUCAUCUUAGACGGUCUGGAUGAGUGUCGACCUCCUCUGGACUUCAACAACACUCAGAUCCUGACUGAUGUUACAGAGUCCACCUCAGUGGAUGUGCUGCUGAUGAACCUCAUCAGGGGGAACCUGCUUCCCUCUGCUCGCCUCUGGAUAACCACACGACCUGCAGCAGCCAAUCAGAUCCCUGCUCAGUGUGUUGACAUGGUGACAGAGGUCAGAGGGUUCACUGACCCACAGAAGGAGGAGUACUUCAGGAAGAGGUUCACAGAUGAAGAACAGACCAACACAGUCAUCUCCCACAUCAAGACGUCACGAAGCAUCCACAUCAUGUGUCACAUCCCAGUCUUCUGCUGGAUCACUGCUACAGUUCUGGAGGACGUGUUGAAGACCACAGAUAGAAGACAACUGCCCAAGACCCUGACUGAGAUGUACAUCCACUUCCUGGUGGUUCAGGCCAAACUGAAGAAUGUCAAGUAUGAUGGAAGAUCUGAGACAGAUCCACACUGGAGUCCAGAGACCAAGGAGAUGAUUGAGUCUCUAGGAAAACUGGCCUUUGAGCAGCUGAAGAAAGGAAACCUGAUCUUCUAUGAAUCAGACCUGACAGAGUGUGGCAUCGAUAUCAGGUCAGCCUCAGUGUACUCAGGAGUGUUCACAGAGGUCUUCAAAGAGGAGAGAGGACUGUACCAGGACCAGAGGUUCUGCUUCAUCCAUCUGAGUGUCCAGGAGUUUCUGGCUGCUCUUCAUGUCCAUCAGACCUUCAUCAAUACUGGAGUCAAUCUGCUGUCAGAAGAACAAACCACAUCCCAGAGGUCUAGAUCUGCACAGACACAGUUCUACCAGACCGCUGUGGACCAGGCCUUACAGAGUCCAAAUGGACACCUGGACCUGUUCCUGCGCUUCCUCCUGGGUCUAUCACUGCAGGCCAAUCACAGACUCCUACAAGGUCUGAUGGAACAGACAGGAAGUAGCUCAGAGACCAAUCAGAAGACAGCUGAGUACAUCAAGGAGAGGAUCAGUGAUAAACUGUCUGUAGAGAGAAGCAUCAACCUGUUCCACUGUCUGAAUGAGCUGGAGGAUCGAUCUCUGGUGGAUCAGAUCCAACGGUACCUGAGAGGUGGAGGUUUCAAUCCAAAUGAUCUGUCUCCUGCUCAGUGGUCAGCUCUGGUCUUCAUCUUACUGUCAUCAGAUAAAGAACUGGAUGAGUUUGACCUGAACAAAUACUCUGAUUCAGAGGAGGCUCUUCUGAAUUUGCUGCCAGUCGUCAAAGCCUCCAACAAAGCUGUGUUGAGUAUCUGUAACCUGUCAGAGAGAAGCUGUGAUGGUCUGUCCUCAGUUCUCAGAUCCCAGUACUCUAGUCUGACUCAUCUGGACCUCGACAACAUGGACCUGAAGGAUUCAGGACUGAAGAUCCUGUCAGAUGGACUAAGGAGUCCAGACUGUAAACUGGAGACUCUCAGACUGUCAGGAUGUCUGAUCACAGAGGAAGGAUGUUCUUCUCUGGUCUCAGCCCUACAGUCCAAUCCGUCCCAUCUCAGACUGCUAGACCUGAGCUACAACCAUCCAGGAGCCUCAGGACAGGAGCUGUGUGCUCUAGUGGAGGAUCCACACUGGAGACUGGACACUGUCAGGUUGGAGCCCAGUGGAGUCCGAUGGUUGAAACCAGGUCUGAGGAAGUAUUUCUGUGAACUCACCCUGGAUCCAAACACAGCGAACGAAAAACUCAAACUGUCUGAAAACAACAAGAAGGUGGAACGGGUGGAGGAGGUUCAGUCAUAUCCUGAUCACCAGGACAGAUUUGAGUACUGGCCUCAGCUGAUGUGUUCAACUGGUCUGACUGGUCGCUGUUACUGGGAGGUCCAGUGGAGUGGAGAGGUUGGUGUAGCAGUGAGUUACAGAGGAAUCAGAAGGAAAGGAAACAGUUUAGACAGUGUGUUUGGAAGAAAUGAUCAGUCCUGGAGUCUGUUCUGUGAUGAAAGUGGAUACAGGGUCUGGCAUAAUAACAAACACACCGACCUCCAUCAGUUCUCCUCCUCCUCCUCUUCUGGUACAGUAUCAGUGUAUGUGGACUGUCCUGCUGGAUCUGUGUCCUUCUACAGAGUCUCCUCUGACAAACUGAUCCACAUCUACACCUUCAAAACCACAUUCACUGAACCACUGUUUGGAGGAUUUACUCUGUGGACACCAGGAUCCACAGUGUGUCUGUGUGAUGUGUAGAUGUGGUGUAUAGUUGUGUUGUGUAGUUGUAUAGUUGUGUUGUGUAGUCGUGUAGUUGUAUAGUCGUGUAGUUGUGUUGUGUAGUUGUAUAGUUGUGUUGUGUACAUAACUUGUUGAAUCCAAAUCUGUUGAAUUUGAUCUCUGUUCUGUGUCAGCUGAUUAUCUCAGACUUUUCUGUCCAAUGCCAGCGCAGUUCGUCACAUGCGUGCUUUUGUUCAUGCAUUUUGGUCCACUAGCAAAAAGUGCAAUGAGAAUGCGAUCCGACCCAAAUGAAAAAAAUAAAGUUCGCAUUUGAUCCGAAUCAAAUAAACGGACCAAAGGACUUCUCAGGUGUGAAUACACCCUCAGUUAUAGUCAGCCUACUCAAAGAGGGGAGACCAGUCGCGGCCCUGUCAUUGAUGACUUUGUCCAGUGGUGUGAGGAGUCCCACCUUCACCUGAACAUAUCUAAAACAAAAGAUAUGAUCACUGAUUUUAGAAAACAACAGGACAGGCACGGAGUCACUUUAACUAAAGGGCAGACUAUAGACCAAGUGCAAUCAUACAAAUACCUUGGGACUAUGAUUAAUGAAAACUGCAGAUCUGUGUGUAAAAAGGGCCAUCAGCGCCUUCACUGCCUUAGAAAACUGGAACACUUCCACACUGAUGGAACCAUUUUAACUUUGUUUAAUCGUUCCUUUAUUGAGUCUGUUUUAUCUUUUUGCCUGGUGGCGUGGUUCAGUCAGACUUCAGUUGCAGAGAAAAACUCACUGAAUCAAAUAGUUAGAUGGUCCAGUCGCCUGAUUGGUGAGUCCCAGUCUUGUCCCGCCUCCCUGUACACUAAACAGGUACAGAGGAUGGCUUCAUCUAUUCUUA